AGCAAAACGAGCGUUCCCGGUAGAGGAACAGCUGCUUUGGUCUUGUUUGAGCAGAAGCUCUUAAGAUAACGCGCAGUAAAUUCUGCAUUUCUCCGUAAGAAGGGUCUGACCUCACUGUUGUCUGCCUCACAGGAACAAUGAUGAACUGCUGUGGUCUGCUCACUGAAAAGAAGGAACCAGUUCCUCUGAAGAGCAUUGAUGCUCAGCUGGAGGUGAAGGAUCAUGUGGCUACAGUGGUCUCCACUCUGAACUUCGAGAAUAAGGAGGACAAACCUGUGGAGACCGUUUUUGUCUUCCCUCUGCCUGGAGAUGCUGCUGUGUGUCAUUUCAGUGCUCAGAUUGGAGAAACACACAUUGUAGCUGAGGUGAUGGACAGACGGCAGGCUCAGCAGGUGUACGAUGACGCUGUGAGCUCCGGUCAGAAGGUAUUCGAAUUGGAGGAGAGUGAGCAGAGUCCAGAUAUCUUCUCUCUGACCGUGGGCAAUCUGCCUCCAGGAGAGAGCGCCUCCAUCAGGCUGGAGUACGUCACUGAGCUGGCUGUGCAGGCUGAUGAUGGGCUGAGGUUUUGUCUGCCUGUUGUUCUCAACCCUCGAUACCAACCACAGGGUAGUGAAGGUCCCAGUGUCCAGGUGACCUCAGUUCCAGCCUCUCUGGUGCCCUAUAGUCUGUCAUUUUCAGCCAGAAUCUCCUCUCCCCGUCCAAUCUCUAAAAUAGAGUCUAGUUGUUCUCUGGAGCCUCUUCAGUACCUCAACGCUGAUCAAACUCAGGCCACGGUGAAGUUGGCUACAGGACACAAGAUUGACAGAGACGUUGAGCUACUCAUUUAUUACAAAGACGCCCACCAGCCCUGUGCUGUCGUUGAGGCAGGACAGGCCUCUGCCAAACCUGGCACUCUGAUGGGUGAUCCAGCGGUAAUGGUGAGCUUGUAUCCUGAAUUUCCUGAAUCUGUGAUGUCUAAUUUCACCUCCUGUGGAGAGUUUGUGUUCUUACUGGACCGAUCAGGGAGCAUGGAUUUCCCGACAUAUUGUGGAAGUCGCCAGAGUCGCAUAGCCAGUGCCAAGGAUACUCUGAUGCUCCUGUUGAAGAGUUUACCCAUGGGCUGCUAUUUUAAUAUUUACGGUUUUGGAGAUGAUUACGAAGAAGUCUUCCCUAAAAGCGCAAAGUAUAAUCAGAAGAACCUUAAACGGGCUGUGAAAAAAGUUGAGGAGAUGGGCGCAGAUCUGGGAGGAUCGGAGAUCCUGGAGCCUCUGCGACACAUUUACAGACAGCCCUGCAUUCCUAAACAUCCCAGACAACUCUUCGUCUUUACUGAUGGUGAGGUGAAUUACACAAAAGUUGUUCUGGAUGAGGUGAAGGAAUACUCUGGAUUUCACAGGUGUUUCUCUUUUGGGAUUGGAGAAGGUGCCAGUUCUGAACUCAUCAAUGGGAUGGCCAGAGAGGGAGGCGGACACGCUCAGUUCAUCGUAGGGAAAGAAAGGAUGCAACCAAAAGUGAUGCAGUCCCUGAGAUUCGCCUUGCAGCCGCUCGUCACCGACAUUUCAUUGUCGUGGGAUUUACCCGAGGGCGUGUCCGCCACCACUCUGUCUCUACCACUUACAGCACUUUUCCAGGGUCAGAGGUCACUGAUCUUUGCUCAACUCACCGGAGAGUGUUCUGAAGCAGCUGAUGGGUGUUUGACAGUGAGGUUUACCACAGCGGGUCAUCCAUGUCAGAGCCAGCUGCACUUCUCUCUACAGCCUGCAUGUGAUCUAGAUUUUGACCAGAAAGAAGAUAUGCCAUUCACUCGCUCAUCAAUCCACAGGCUGGCUGCUCGUACUCUCAUCCGCUCCGUGGAGCAGGAGCAGAGGGAGCACGAGAAGCCGGAAGAAAUAGAGAAGGUGGUGGACCUCAGUGUCCAGUCUGGAGUCAGCAGCAUCUUCACCGCCUUCAUUGCCGUCAACAAAAGCAAUGGGGAACCUGUUCAAGGUCCGCUGAUCUACAGGGAGAAUCCUACAUACAUGCCAAUGCUUCGUGGCGGUUUGAUUGGUCUGAUGUUUGAUAAUUCAUGGGGUGAAAAAAACAUUUUCAGACGCAUUUGCUCGUCUAUCAGAAAAAGAACAUCAGCUAAUAAGUUUGGAAAAGCUUGGAAAAACAAUCUAUUUUCAGCUUCCAGCUUCAGCAAGAACCGAAGUGAAUCUAUUGAAAAUGGAGGAGACUGUGAGCCCACAGAGCCAGCCAGAGAUCCUCUGCUGGAGCUCGUUUCGCUGCAGGAUGCCGCUGGCUGCUGGCUGCUUGAUCCAUGUUUGGCUGCUGCUCUUGGAAAAAGCAUAGAGGAGUUGGUAAAAACAAGGCCUUCAUCGGCCAAAAAGAAAGUGUGGGGCACCAUUUUGGCUCUAAUUUGGCUUCAUGGACAUCAAAAAGAUGUGAAGGUUGAAUGGGAACUUCUUGCUAUGAAGGCUGCAUCGUGGCUCAGAGCUGAGAAAGCUGUUUGUGUGACGGUGUGUGUGGAAGCUGGGAAUGUCCUGUUGGGUUGUAAUGUGACGACUGAUGCUCUGGGACUCUGAGGUUGCUGUAAUAUUUGUUCCAAUGAAGGGAACACCUGUGAUUCUGUUACAGAAACAAACUCGCUCCAUCACCAAAUACCUGAAUACCUCCACACUUCUAUUCAACUGAGAGUUGUGUAAUCCCUUAAAGUUGCUUAUGUUAAAUGACGAUUCAAAAACUCCACCAGUAACUAAGCUCAAGUUCUUUGCUUUCCUUCCCCUCUCAACUUUUCCUGCACAGUCGGCUGAAUUUCGCGUCAUAUUUCUGAGGUCACAGUUAGUCAUCCAACUCCAGUCGUUCAGAUCUCAACUUUCCUGUGUGGUCUCUUGGCCUCUCCUCUUCAUCACUUGCAUCCUCCCCUCUGACAAUAGUUAACAAAUUUAACACCUGUUUUCAUGAUUUUGCAUCAAGUUCUACCUCUAGUAAAUCUAACUCCAUUCUUCCAGCAUCAUUUUCUAUCCAAACCAAGUAAAAUCUUGGUUCACUUAAAACUUAAAUUCUCCUUGAUCGUACGAAAUCUACAGGAUCAAAAGCUAACAAAAUCUCUCUCAUCAUUAACAACUCCUACAUGUUCCUCUCCCCUCAGGUUAAGAGUCUGGUUGCCAUCCUUGACAGCACAUUAUCUUUCCAAUCUCAUGUUAAUAAUCUUGCAUUUUUCCAUCUCUGUAACAUAAAUUGCCUGCGAACUUCCCUUUCCCGUGAUACUGCGUCUGUAUCAGAUGCAAAGAACAAAACACCUGCUAUAGUCAAUUCAAUAGCAACUAUUAUCAAAAGGUUGUCUAAUAGUUUGCAGCUCUAGAUCAACUAUGUCCAUUUUUAUGUGUUUGCUGUAUUGGUUUACUUAUAUGUGCGCCUUUAAUUAUUCUGCGGCUGCACUGACUGAUUACAUUGGUCUGUAUUUUCAAUGUAGUUGGAACAAAAAAUAAAGAGAACCUACUCUUCUUGAAAAAAAAGCAUAACUUAUUAGCAAUGAGAAAUUCUGUCUCUAAACAUUUUUCUUCAAAGCAGGUCGGUCUGCCCGUCACGUAGUUUUAUUUCUAAAGUGUGCAGCGACUCCUAAAAUCAGAAGCAACAUGUCGCAGCAUCUGAGAUUGCCUUCUUUGUACUUUCUCUCAGAUUUCUUUUCUUUGAAACGUCGACUUUGAACUAUAUUUGCAUACAAUGGAAACAUCUGAAACAUGUUUUACUGACAUAAACCAGAGUCCAACCUCCUCUCUGUUUGGGGUUUCAGACGACACAAGCUGAUACUGAAGAGUAAUGAAGCUUUGGCUGCAGCACACACAACACCUGAUGUCAAAGCGAGAGAAAUUAUUUUUUAUUAUUAGUUUUGCACCUUCUUUCUUUAACUUGGCCAAGAUCAAUAAUCAAUUAUAAAUUUAAAUCAAGAUGAUGAAUGAUUAAGACAAAGAGAUGGACACAACCAAAUGAUGAUUAUAUAUUUAUCUUGAAUACACAGAUAUCAUUAUUAUAAUUAUUAAUACUAAUAAAUAAACCUUGCAACUGAGCAAUAGUUAGACUCUGUAGAGAAAAGAAGACAACGGAGCCUGCUGGAGCGUACUUCCUCCUACACAAGGUCAUUGCUGCAGAAUCUGGAGCAGUAAAGCUGCAGCUCUGAAAAACACAUUUCUUAAAGAACAUAAAAAACAAGAAAGCUUUAUAUUCCACAAGUUGAAAUACAGCACACUUAAAUUAUGUAAAUUUGGUGUCAAGCUGCUUUGGCAGAGGAGUGGUAUUAGGAAGGCAAAAUUUGCUAUUGGGAAGUACGUUUAGUGUCACUAUUUUAUCUUUAGUUAUCUUUGCAGCAGUCCACCGUUUUAAUAAAUUGUAUCAAAGAAGGUCCAGAUUGUAAAAUGUAAAGGAUGGAAGAGGAUAAAGCAGAGGAAAAGUGCAUACCAAUACAAAGCUUUAAUACAAAAUGUUAACGUGCAUCAGCCGUUACUACAUUUUAUUCUGUAUCAGAAUCGAAGAUAAUUUCCUGCAUUUUAAAUGGUUAUUUACAGAAGUAUGGGCUCGCCCAGGGUGCCAUUAAUUCAAGAAACUGCAGUUUUAUAUGCUUUUUUAUCCCAUCUCAGGUUUACACUGAAUGGUCUGAAAAAUGAAAACAUCCAGUAAGCAGCAGUUGUGUGAUUGAAAAUGUCGUAUUGAUGUUGGAAAAGAAUGUGAAGACUAGUUCAAGAUGCUAGAAAGGCAACAGAAACUAAAAUGACAAAUGUUGCUUCCUUCCCCUAAUGCGCAUUGAUCCCAGUAUUUCAAAUUCAACUAGUAAGGUGAGAAAUGGGUAGUGCUGAUGUAAUGGUGUGGGGGAUGUGUUUUCAGACACUUUUGGAGACCUUAGUAUCAACCGAUGUUUUAAAUUCUUCAGACUACCUCUGUGUGUUUUUUUUUUUGCUCAUCCCUUUAUGAACACAGUGACCAUCUUCUGAUGACUACUUCUAGCAUCAUGUCAGAAAGCUCAAAACAUCUCAAACUGGUUCCACAAGCAGAAUAGUUCACUUCAUUCCAAUAACUUCCACAGUAACCACAUCUCAAUCCAACAGGGAAUUUCUGGGACAUUUUGCAACUGGAGAUUCAUAUCACGGAAGAGAAAUUAACUGGUAAAUGUGAAGUAACUGACACCCUGCUGAAGCUAUGCAAAGCAAUAAAGAUUCAGGAAGUUGUGAAGGCAAAAGGAAAUCAAAGACGGCGCUUGCAGGGUUUGAUGUUUUGAUUAUGUCAAGAAAAACUAUCUGCAUGAAAGAAGGGCCUAUAAAUAAUUGGGCAUAUAGGCUAUGGCAGGUGCCAUCAGCUUGCCCUGACUAAGCUUCUGACACAUCACUUGUUCGUAAGACAGAUUUGGGCCUAUGGGGGAGACUUGUUACUAUGGCAGACACCAUGCAGCAGUGAUAACAGCUGUCACAAUCCAACACCUGCCAACACUCCUGUGGUUUGGAUCAUAAAAAUAGUCCUUCAAUCUGUACAAGUAAUGUAUGGUUUGGGUAUUCUCCUUUCUUUCACGUAUAAGUCCUUUUUUUAAUCUCUAUUCAGAGAAGUUUGAGUUCAUGUCCUCUGCAAACGUUGGAUCUGGAACAUUAUUGACUGAAAACAAAACAUGAUUUCACUGUUCAGCAGCAUGGUGUUCUGUGCGUUAACUGCUCUCUGCCUGCAUAAAUGGUACCAUACUGGCUCCAAAUGGUCACUGCAGCUAAUUUUAUCUGAACCUUUGGCAGAACUCAAGCCAGCACUUUUUAAACUGGUUUCCAAGACAACGCCAACCAGUUGGACCAAUUAGAACAAAGGAGACCUAAGAAUUGAGCCGUGUGGAAAUCAGGGAGGGGGGAAAGCAUUCUCAAAAUUAAUUCAACAAAUAAAAAAAGGUGUGCUUUGGACAAAGAAUAACACCAUCAUCCACUGACUGCGAGAUGUUCAGUCCAGCUUCUAAAGGAUCCGCAGGGGACUCAAGCUCAGAGGAAGCCAAGUGACUGAUUGAAAGUGUGCGUGUGUGUCUGUGCUGACUAGAGUGAGAACUCUCCAGCUGGAGAGGAGCAUGAAUUUUCCAGUUGGGCUGCCUCUUUCAUGUUAAUUUGCACAUACAGCACACUGCGGAUGUGCACAAAUGUGUGAGUUUCCCCCCUAAGGAAAUGCAAUCUUCACUGGAUACUGUGCCUUGGGACAGACACUGAAAGAUACUGCUGGUAGUAUUCCAUUGAUGCAAUGUGAGGCUCAUAACAGCAGACAUUAAACAUCCUUCAAGACA